CCGGGCUAGUUUAUGGUUUCGUGAAAUCCGGGUGUCGCGCCGCGCGUGUUCUGUUAUUGAAGCUGGAAUGGACUCAGCUAAACUACCAAUUAGCAAACGUGACCAAUUGCCUUGUGUUGUGUUGUGUCGUUUGGGUUAUUGUUAGGGGAGUUUAAACCCAUUUUUCGGAUUGCGGGUGGACACCCGGGUUGGUGGGUGUAGGUGGAUCCGAAUUAACCGGUUUUUGAUUCGGCCGUUGGGGGUUCUGGAGAACAACAACAGAAAAAAGAACAAAACACGAACGAAGCUGGAGACACGCCAGCACCGGGAGAGUUCGUGACAUUUGAAAAGUGGCAGGAUCGCCAUAGUAAUGCUGCAGAGUUGAAUGACACUCACGCAACAACUUCGAUUGUUGUCUAAGUCUGGGAGAGACCCUCGAAUCUCGGACAAAGGGAAGUCGUCACCUGUGGGAGUGUUCCGUGGAGUGGCAGGAAGUGCCAAUUGUGCCAGGGUAAAUCGAAAGAAGGGCGGGGAUUUAAAUUUUUGGGUUGAUGAAUCAUCCACCAGAGUGCUCUUGAAAAUCAAUGUGUGUGUGGAUAUGUCCCAAUAAAUGCAUGAAUCUGUGCUGGGUUUCCCGCCAACUACGAUUGUAAAUAGUAGUGCUAUAGUUGAAUGGUGAUGAAGACCAGCAGAGGCCAGCCCCGAUUGAACGGCUUGAGCUAGCUAGAACCGUUGUACAAAAACUUCUGAAUCGAUUCAGAAAAUCUGGUACCCCAGGCCUGAAGUCGUCUUUUGUUAUUUACGCCCCCGUCCGACUGAGUAAAUUACACGGAUCGUAACCGAACAAAAGAACCCAACCUUCUAUUGUGAAGCCCCCGCCCCGAAAGGGUCGGAAAUUUGUGAAUAUGUGAUGUGAAUGAUGAUGCACAUGUAGGAUUCCCCUUCAUCCGGUUAAGAUCAGAACGAACUCGGAGAGUAGGUAUUUGCAAAUUUGUGGCUGAAAAAAAACACGAACCUCACAAGGGCAAAACCCAUAAGGUUUUCAACGGAAAACAAUCAAGGAAGGGUGGAUUCCUCGAAAUCAAAACAGACUGCCUCCAGGGAAGGAAGUUGAAGAAGGAGUCGAAAACAAAACUUCGGAAAUUGGUACCUGCGUCAGUGGAUUCAAAGAUUGGUUGCUUUGAUUUCGGCAAGGAAAGGCUCAGGUGUCACGUCCUGUCUCAGUUACGAUUUACAAGUCUGUCAGUUGAUGAAUGGCCUACUUUGGUGAAGCUACCUGGUUGAAGUUCUCACGGUUAGAACGAAGAAGCUUAGGCUAAAGUUGAAGAAAAAGUGGAAAAAGGUGCAAAAUAGUCGGUAAUAAUCGAUAUAUCGCGGGUCAUCGCGACCAAAAGGGGGGGCAAGUGAAACAUAUGUAUGUCCCCUGCAAUUCUGUCUCAAGGCAAGAAAGGUGACAACAACAGCGGCCAGUGUUUAUAUUUAGCUUCGGGCGAAAGUGUGUGGUUUCUUGGCAAUUUGCUUUAAUUAAAACGUGAGCCUUCUUAGCAAGCUUCCCUAGAAAAGUAAGCUCCAAGAAAGAAAGCAAGUGUUUGUUGUUGUUUUGUUUUUGCUUCAGUGUAAAUGUGUUAGCCAAGUGUGAUUCGCCCAUCAGGAAGAAGACGAAUCUAAUUUUGUCGGGUCGGGAUAAUCGCCCGGCUUAGGAAAACGACCGACAGACCGACCGACCUUGAAAGGCCACGUUUAAAAUUUGAUCUACGAGAAGCAGCCGGUUUUGGCGAUAUUUGUCUAGCAGCUAGAGAGCGACUGGAAUUCCAGAAAAGAUUUCGGAGCAAUAAUGGAGGAGAAAAGGAAGGAGUUGUUGGCGAAGGAGCAGUCCGAGCAGACGUCGUUCUGUUUUAUAAGGGGUUCCGACCCGCGGGCUGCAACCUGCCGGGGCAAGCUUCAGAAUCGGCGCUGCAAGCUGAAUCAGGAAAUCAACAAGGAGCUGAGGCUGAGGGCGGGUGCGGAAAAUCUCUUCAAAGCCACAACCAAUAAGAAGCUGAAGGAUACGGUGGCGCUGGAGCUCAGCUUUGUCAACUCUAACCUGCAGCUGCUCAAGGAGCAACUCUCGGAGCUGAACUCGUCCAUGGAGAUCUACCAGAGCGAAGGAGUCGACUACGUGAUCCCGAUGAUCCCGCUGGGCCUCAAGGAAACCAAGGAGGUCAACUUCAUGGAGCCCUUUUCCGACUUCAUCCUCGAGCACUACAGCGAAGAUUCGCGAGCCUACGAGGAAGCCAUCGCCGACAUCAACGAUACCAGACAAGCUGCAAAAACCCCAACCCGAGACAACCACGGCGUGGCGCUGCUGUUCCGCUACUACAACCUGUUGUAUUACGUCGAGAGACGCUUCUUUCCGCCCGAUCGGAACCUUGGGGUUUACUUUGAGUGGUACGAUUCACUCACUGGCGUUCCCUCCUGCCAGCGGACGGUGGCAUUCGAGAAGGCUUGCAUCCUGUUCAAUCUGGCCGCCAUCUACACCCAGAUCGGGGCCAAGCAGGACCGCUCCUCGGAGAAAGGCCUAGAUGCAGCGGUCGAUAAUUUUCUGCGGGCCGCUGGUGUUUUUCGGCACAUCUACGACACCUUCACCAAUGCCCCCUCGAUGGAUUUGAAACCACAGGUCCUGGAAGUGCUAGUGGCACUGAUACUGGCCCAGGCACGGGAGUGCCUCUACGAAAAACUUUUACUACAGCUAGAAGAAAUGACCAAUUGCGAUUGCAGUUCAUUCCACCGCAAUCUGUCCGGCGAGGCGACCCAGCUGACGGUCGAGUAUCAGGAAAUCCACCGGAUAAUCCAGAGCAACGAGGCGCACACCUACCUGCCCGAGUGCUGGGCCGGACUGGUGCCCCUCAAGUCGGAGUUCUACAAAGCCCUUGCCCACUACCACGUGGCCAAAUCGAUCGACCCGGCGCUAGUGUCCAGCUUCAAGACGAGCACCCCCUCGAAGUCGGCCAAACAGAAAGCCCUCACGGCAGCCUCGGUCAGCUUGGGCAGUCAGAUCCUCACCCAAACGACCGGUCGCGAUACUUUCAUCUUCGACGAAAGCAGCCUUCUGGACGGGGAUGGGGACUUGAAUCCAGCCCUGCUGAAGAAGGCCCACCUUCGGGAGUCACUUGCUAGUCACGAGGAAGCCCAACGAUUGCAACGGAUGUGCCGGGAGCUGAAAAACAAGCUAGCUUUAACCAAGGUGCUUUCGUUUGCGCUGGAAAAAACGGCCGAGGAGUUGGAAAUUUUGGAUUUGGAAUUGGAAGGGACAACGCUGAUAGAUGAGGACAUUGAUUUGAUUGAUGUCCGAUUGAAUUCGACAUCCAAGUUCACGAUUAAUUUAACUGGACCAGAUUUCACCACGUAUAAAAUUGAGGACCCGUUCCGGAAGUUGGGACCUAUUGCAAUUUUCUCCGCUCGGCGUCACUGGACCGCACCGAGGUGUAUCCGGUUGCAAAAGGGCGGUAAUACGAUGUUGAUGACCGGCGGGGGAACGCUGGAUCGGCGUCGCUAUCAUCACAUGAGCAGCAGUAGCAGUGCCGGAAGUAGUAGCACCCGAACCAGGAGCAGUGACGACACCGGGUCGGAUCGUCUGCAGCGACUAGCUUUGAAUGGGGGAGGACGGGGAAAGUGUCAGUGCAACAAGACAAAUUAUUACAACGAUCUGCGAUCGUGCGAUGUUUGCCUGAAGGAUAUCACCAAUGCUUCCGAUGAGGCUUAUCAGCAGCAGCAGCAACAGCAGCAGAAUACGCUGGCCCGCCGGAAACAGUCAAGCAGCGGUGGCAGUUUAACCGGAACAGGACACACAACAACCGUCACAACGACGAGCAGUGAUGGAACCGGAAGCGAGUGUGAUGCUGACACCUUCGAAAGCUUCGGAUUUCACGUGAGGGGUGAUGCGCCGGUGAUGGUUUCCAGUGUCGAUAUCAACUCGUUAGCUGAUCUCGGUGGCAUCAAGGAGGGCGACUUCAUCGUGGAGCUGUGUGGCAUCGAUGUCAAGUGGUACACCCACCAGCAGGUGCUGAAGUUGAUCAAGAACUGCACCAACAGCCUGGACCUCAAGGUGAUCACGCCGAUGGAUCGUAACUAUCUGAAGCCCAUGGCCUCGACCCACUCGAAGGGUUCGAUUUCGACGCUCUCGGGCAGCUCAUCGGGGGUGUCCUCGGGGGCACCGAGUCCCACCGGAACGACCACCAAGAGCGGAGGCAGCGGAAGCAAACCCCGACCAAAGCUGGGCAAGAACCGACUCAGCAGUUUCACCUCCGGCAGCUGGAAUCCGUUCCGGAGGACCCAGAGCUUGGGCAAGAUUUUCUAAGGGAAAACAAAUCAGUUGAAUAUUAAACAAAAAAAUAAGAACGAAAAAAUCGACUCGUCUUAAUGUACAGUUAGAUUAAAGAAUUAUCAUCGGGUAUCUUUUUUAUCGUUUUAGUGCUCUUUUCGUUUUGUUUUUAAAUCACAACACAAAGAUAAAACUUUAAACUGUAAUCUAAGCGAAAAAACUUUAUCUUAAUUUAAAAAAAAACCCUCUAUCAACGAGUUGUAAAAAAGAAAGAAAAAAAACAACUUCGAUGCCAUUUAGAUAACAAAUGAAACACAGUUGUACUUAGUUCGUGCUACUUUAAUCAGAUUCUUAUCUACUUAUUCCGUUUAAGUUUUAAUUUCUAAAACCCUA